AUCUUGACAUUUAUUGCAGAUUGUCAGAAAUUAUUAGACUUUGAGGGGAAAUCACAGGAAAACUGCCUGAGACGUAUACCAGAAACCAGAGGAACAAUAACAUUCUCAACGUCCGUAGCCAAGCUCGGCUCAAGGUCACUGAGAUGGGAAUCUGGCACCACAGGAAAAUCGCGAUUGAGGUACACCAGGCCCCCAUCUGCCCGCAUCAAAGGACGUGACCUAAGCCGAGGAGGGGUGAAGAUGUGGAUCUACAAACAGACUCCCUCACCUGGAAGAAGCAUGCAAGUUAGAUUUAGAGAUACAGCUCGGAAGAACCAAGUUGGGUCAUUUGAUAUUGACUUGGGGUUUAAAGGAUGGCGAGGAAUAUGGGUGUCCUAUAAAGAAUGCAAACGUUACUCUCAUAGCCUCAACUCUCCCGCUGAAAUUGAUAGAGUCGAUUUUGCCUUGAGCCAUCACGACACAAUUCAUAUCGAUAUGCUUGACUUUGUGAGAAGGAUGUCAUUUCAGUCUCGUGACAAAAUAGUUCCACCUUUCACAAGAUUCGGCUCACGAUAUGAUUCAAGCAACUUCUGGCAGCAAAGCUACCGUUGGAGUCAGCAGGCUCCAACUGCCCUUCCAGAAAGGGUGGUUGCUUCAAAGUCCUUGAGUCUCACUCACAUCGAGAGUCGCUUGAAAAACUGGUAUUGCGAUGAGAGGGAAACCACCUACGACUUCUCUGGAGAAGCCAAGAAGCGUUGGGAUAAACUGGUGAGGAGCAUUGACGCUGCAUAUCUGGAAUACGAUAGACUUUUAUUUAGGACGCUAGACUCAGGAAAAACAGUGAUAGUCGGGCCUCCUCUGUUCUGUCGCGGUUGUAAAAGAGGAACACGAGCGUAUUCCACGAAAGAUCCGACAAGAAAGUUCAGCUUCGUCCAAAUGCGUAUCAUGCUUCCUUUAGCCAUAGAGUUUUAUCUUAAAUCCCGCGCCAAAGAAGUUUCUCGAACUGUGACAGAAGAAACUCCCCAAUUGAGCUCUACUAACAAAGUCGAUGUGGACGGUGCCAUUAAAAGGAUUUGUGGAAACAAUGCAAACAGACAGAAAAAGUUCCGUGAGUACCUCGAAAGUCUGAAGAAACCUUACACAGAGGACCAAGUACGCAAAAUAUUAAAUGACGAAAACAAAAACCGCCUUGAGAGAAUAAUUAAACUGCUUGACUACAUUGAAGACCAAGGAUGGGCUGAUGGAAGUGCAAUAGGCUCCCUGGAUCAUGAAAUGAACCGUGGUGGUGCUGGAUACACACACACUCUUUUCUUGUUGAAGGACGCCUUACAAGGGAACACUAAAUACAGACCAAGACUUUUAAACUUAAUAAAUACUGCCAAGUGGUAUAAUGAUUUUGGUGAAGUUUACCAAUCGACGUUCGAGUAUAGUGGAACUACGGCUGACAGAAUGAUUACAAUAAUGUUGUUUCGGCUCAUGAUUGUGUUGAUAAUGCCUGCUAAGUCGGAUAUGGAAAAAAAGGAGAGGCAAAGGGAUAUGGAUGCUUUGAAACGAUGGAUGGAUAACGCCCUGAGUAUCAACAAAGCCUUCGGUGGAGUUAUUAAACCUGAUUACACUGGCUUUCAUCACAAGACAUUCUACGCAUCUGCGUAUGCCCCACACGCAUAUCAUACGGCUGCACAAGUGCAAUACCUCUUAGAAGGAACAGAUUUUGCACUGUCAGAUGAGUCGAAGCGAAAUUUACUGGAAGCUCUCGAAACAAUGAGGCUAGUAGCAGUAAAGUAUUCAACACCAAACAGUGUCGGCGGACGCAUUGUAGACUAUUCCAAAAAGAUUUUGGUAAAAAUUCUCCCAGCAUACGCCUACAUCAGUGUUUCCCAUCCAUCUGGGCCACUGGCAUCAACCCCAGCCAAAGCAGUGUCAGUUCCUGCUGUUAAGAACGUUGGGAUGUUUUUACGUUUGUACCAGCCUACUGACGAAUUUGUUAAAAAGUACUUGGAAGAUGGAACGGUUAACAGGGGAAAAUCGUACAUGAACAGCCUUGGAUCACUGAAAAUUAUGUCCAUCGUAAGUUUAUUAACUGAACGUUGCUGAAUGCAUAUACAUAUAGUAGUUUACCUCAAUAUUUCUGAGAACUUAUAUCAGAUUUUUUUCUAAUACAAGGAAUCUCAUUCCUAUAAGUAGAGCACCAAUAAUGUUUUGGAUACACUACACCACUGUUAACAAUCUGCAUCAAAUUUGAGGUGAACAUAAACUUAGGAACCCCGUUACCGUGCACUUUGUUGCUGGUCGACUAUCUUAAAGAAUUGAUUCAAAAAAGAAGAAAAUACUUAAAAGCUAGUUAACCCCUUUUUAAUGCAAUUCCAAUGCAGGGCUACAUGAAAAUUGGGCUUCAUUUAAUUCCUUUCGUUUUUAAUAAGUUAGGGAUUGCUUUUAUACUUGAACGAAAAAACUUGUUUGUGUGCACCAGAAGAACGAUGCAAGAAUGAUUAUGUUGCUGCCCCAAUGCUGUUGAUUUAAACCUUCCUUCCUGCAAUAAAACAUUGUAAACGAAACUCUAUGCAUAAAAAAGGAGAGAGAAAGAGAGAUUGGGGGCACAUUCUUACCCUUUUAUAAGCUUGUAACAAUAGCAUUGUGCUUUUUUUAGGCAAAUUACUUAGUGCAAAGUUAUGUUUCGAUUUUUAGCACAUUUGCUGAUUUCUCGUUCGUUUUCUCGAACAUAGGUCUUUUCUAAAGGUACAUCUCCUGAGCCCUCCCCUGAAGGUCAUUGGUCCAAGAACUUUGCUGCUCUCUCAAUUCAUCGUCGUAAGGACUGGGCAGUGACGAUAAAAGGCUUUAACCGGUUUGUCUGGGACUUUGAGGGAUCUACAAGGGUAGGAAAACCUGAAAAUGUUUAUGGUACCUAUCAGAGUCAUGGUUCAAUGUUGAUAGCGAACAGCGAAGAAGCAUUGAAGGCUCACGAUAUAAACAAUGGAUGGGAUUGGACAAAAAUACCUGGAGCCACAACAAUGUCCCUGACUCUCGCUCAGACGAGUCUGAGUAAGGCAAGAAACUUCAGUCCACGAUCUUCUGCUGGAGGAGUAACCUACAGAGGACCAGAGCCUUUAUCCAGCGGAGUAUUUGGCAUGCACUUCCGCCAACCCAGGUACAGUUUUUUGGAGGAGAGCCACCCCUAUCCAAAUAUCAAUCUCCGCUUUAAGAAAUCUGUUUUCUUUUAUCAAAACGUGUUGGUCUGCCUAGGAAGCAACAUCAGAAUAAACAAUGGCGGGGCAACUCAAGCUCAAACGACCCUUUUUCAGGACAAGCUGAUAAGUGACAGCACGUCCAUUAAAGUUGACGAUGAGCGAAAAGAUGAUUCAACUCUUUUUAACGCCAUGACCCCAUUUUCAACUCCAAAAGGAAGUAGAAGGGGAUACACUACUUUGGUGGACACCAAAGGCAACAGCUACUACAUUCCAAGAUCAAGUGCAUCCGAUCUUAAGGUUCAUGUACAAACACAAAACUCGCAAACGUCCUCAGCUAAACCAUCCAGUGGCACCUACGGAACUGCCUGGCUUGAGCACAGUGCGUCUGAUGGGAGUUAUGAGUAUGCAGUUCACAUUAAUACUCCUUCAUACGAAGGCUCUACUGGCUCUUAUUGGGAAAUACAAAAUUCUGAUGUGUCACAUAAGCUAUACAGGGUUAUUAAGCAAGACAGUGAGGCUCAUGUGGUCCGAUUUGAAAGAUCUCCUGAACGUGAUCAUGUCUUAGUUCCACUCUAUGGUUAUGUCUUUUUCCAAGCGACUUCUGUCCCUCUUCCUUCCUGGGGGAUUGUCUCGUCAGUGAACAGACAAUGCAGGAUUGUGGCUGAAGAAAAUUUCGAGGAGCUUUUUUUAAGCAUCAGUUACCCCGACCUAAAUUUUCCUGGCUCUAAGGUCUUGCAAACUUCCGGCGAUGUCAAAGCUCGGGAACUGUUUCGAAUGGAAAGUGAGGAGAUCCAAGUUGAAGUCACCUUGGCACGCGUUGUGAGCACAACUCUUCCAGAACUGCCCAAGGUACAUGGUUCUCCAACUGAUUACGUGCCAAGGGUUCGAGUGAUUGGAACAGUUGCCGAGAAACCAAGCCGAGGAAACAAACUAGUCUUUGCCAAUCUGAAGAACGGAUUCAGCGUGGAAGUUAAACUGACCAAAAUAAAUUGUUGA